AUGAACGAUCAAUCUCAGAUGAUGAAUCAGGCUCAAAUGAUGAGUUUGAAUCAACAAUCUCAGAUGAUGAUGAUGAAUCAGUCUUCUUCUUCUCAACCUCUGAUGAAUCAGUCUCAGAUGAUGUCAGCAGGUCAAUCUCAACAACCUCUUCCUCUUCGCCAUGGCUAUAAUAAGGUUUGGUCUUCUCAACAACAACAACAACAAAACCAGCAAAAUCAACAGAAGCAAGACAAGUUUCAGAAUUCAUCGAAGCCAAAUUUCUCUGCUCAAAAUCAAGGAGGAGGAGGAAGAAACAAUUGGAAAGGAAAGAAAAAUUCAGAUCCAAGAAGAAACGAACCAGUUCUUCCUAGUGGUCCGAACAGUUAUAAACCUCCAACUCUUCACGAAUUACAGUCACAGAAUCGAUUAAAAGCCAGGAAAUUCUAUCCAAAAAAGAAGUUCAACAAUAGAUUUGCACCUUAUGCGCCUAGAAACACAACAUCUUUCAUAAUCCGUGCUAAGAAAUCCGGCGGAAUAGCUUCUUUGGUUUCUCCAUGUCCGGUUACUCCGGCGGUUCUUCCGACGCCGAUAUUUUCUCCGUCGAGGGAGAUUUUAGGUGAUAUGGCUAAGGAAGAAUGGGGUGUUGAUGGGUAUGGUUCUAUGAAGGGUUUGAUUAGGCUUCGUUCACCUGGGAAUGAUAAUGAAGAUGAAGAUGAUGAUGAAGAAGGUGAGAGUGAUGUUGAAGAACAUGUUGAAGUUGAGAGAAGAUUGGAUCAUGAUUUGAGUAGGUUUGAGAUGAUUUACCCUAAUUACAGUGGAAUGGAUUAUAAUAAUGUUUUGGAGAAUAGAGUUGAUGAUCAAGAUACCCAUAUAGCUCAAUUAGAGGAAGAGAAUUUAACAUUGAAAGAAAGGCUUUUUUUGAUGGAAAGGGAGUUGAGUGAUUUUAGAAGAAGGCUUCAGUUUCUUGAGAGACAGAGUAAUCUUAAUCAUGGUGUUGUUGGUGAUGUUCAUGAAGAAGUUGUUGAGAAUGAAUCUGAGAAUGAGAGUGAUGGUGGUUCUGGUGCUCCUGAUUUGUCUGGACAUGAAGGGAGUAGAGAUUUCGAUGGCGAUUCUAAGGAAAUGGAAGAAUUGGGACACAAUGACAUUGUUGCUGAGACUAAGGAUGAAGAACAGGUUGCUGUUAAGACUGGGGAGGAAGGAGCAGAAGAAGCUGUGGCCGAAAUCGAGGAGGAGGAAGAAGAAGAAGAAAAGGGUAACUCGGAGAUGGCGAUGGCGGUGGAGAAUGGUACUUGUUCGGAGAAGAAGAGCAUUGAUGAAGAGGAUUAAUGUAAGUCUGCAUCUUCUGAACAGAUAACCCAAUUGGAUUUCGGAAUAUUUUGCUUUUCGAGUUCUGGACAUAAUAUGAUGAUGAUGAUGAUGAUGAUGAUGAUGCCUUUUGUUAUGUAAAUGAGGAUAUUACAUUUUCGUAAGAACUGGCUUUGUUCUCCAAAUUCUACCUUAGCAAUAAUGAUAGGGGGAAUAAACAAACAUAUGUAGGGUUUUGUUUUUAAAUUUUCUUAGUAGGUUUGCUUUUUUUUUUUAAUUGCUUUUGAAGUUUUAUUAUGAACUUUGUGAAAUUGUAAGAACACUAUCUACUACUACUACUAGUACCUAAUAGCCUAUUAUAUUAAUGUACUACUGAUUUCUUACUUUUUGUUUGA